AUGGAAUAGCUAGUUUCCGUCCUCCUCUGGGGAGGCUUAUGGUUCUUUCCCCCUUUCCAUAGACUUGCACAGUAAUUAUGACAACUUCCGGAAGAUGUCCUCCGAGUGAUUAGAGCUCUUGCAACAAAAACGGACUUUCUUUUCUCCACCCAAUCAAAUGAUCAGUGAAUGAUUCUAGUACUGAAUGCAUAAGCCACAGCUAGCUAGCACUGCAGUGCAUAAAAUGUGGUGAGUAGUUGACUCGAAGAGAGAAAGACAAUAGUUGAACUAAUUCAUUUCUUCCAAAAUGAAGGAGAAGCAAGGGAGAGAGAAAGAGACUUAUUUUUUUUCUUGAGUUUCUCUUACUUAGCUAGGAAAUGCAGCUAGCUAGUUCAGCCUACUCUAACACGUUUCUCAAACAGAGAGAUGCUAUGUUAGCUUGCUGGCUAUGACUAUCCAACACUGGAAUUCUUCCAAGUCAAGAUGGAGGCGAACAACUAUUUCAACUAUGGCACCCACUCCUCUGUGUCUGUUAACUCAGGACUGAAACUCUCCUCAGCGGAUUCUGUCUAUACCAAUGGGUCCUCCAUGAGUUUCCCUCAGCAGGAGAAGAAUAUGAACGGUGAAAUGAAUGUGAAUGGCAGCACUACUGUAAUUGGGUCCAGUGUGCCUGGCUCCCAAUCUCCAACAGCCUCAUACCCUCAUAUGAGCAACCACCACCACCAGAGUAGCAUGGGCUACGACUACCUGUGGGGAGGACAGCCACAGUACAGCCCAGCCAUGAGCUUGUCUCCUGGGCAUGGCAUGCACCAGAAGCAGCCUCCCACUGGGGUGAUGCAGCAACAGAGCCAGCAGCAUUUCCAGGGUCACGGACAGUACCAACUGAACGGGGGCAUGCCUGGGUCCCGUCAGCCUCACGUGGUGCCCCCCCCAAACAUGACUCUUACAGGGGGCCAGUACUGGAACAGGGUUAACCCGGGGCAACAGCAGAGCAGCGCCGCCAUGGCAAUGGGGUAUAACUCGCACAGCGUAUACGGGGCCUACCAGAGCCAGGUGCACCCUGGGAUUGCGCCCUCACAGCAUCACCAGCAGCAGCGUCAACAACCACCCCCUCACCAACAGACACAGCAACACCACCACCACCACCAGCAGCAGCAGCAACCUCAGCACUACAGCAUGGUGUCCAACGGGAUUCCCUACUACCAGCACCAGCCCCAGCACCCACCUCUUCCCGCUCCACAACCUCAGGCUCAGAUGAUGCCCCCUACCUCCCAGAAUUUCACCCCUCCACGGGGAAGCCCCCAGCACCACCAGAUUGGCCGGGGGGGCACAGGCAGCCCCCUCCCCAUGGCGGUGUCCUCUGUCCCCAUGAUGUCACCCUCUACAAUGGCGGAUAGUGGAUCGCCCCAGAGCCAGACCAGGGAGAGGAGUCCCCAUGGUGGUUCUGUAGCGAUGCCAGCUGUCAUGCAAGGGCGGAUGAGUGAAGCGUUUAAGGAUGUGGAUAAAGGCUACAAUGGGAUGGAGAGGACGUCUGUCGCCCAGCGGCUGCCUAAAAGCGACAGCUACCCUCCCAAGCCCCCUGGACCUCCCAUGGGGCCCACCAGUGACUACUGCCAGCGCUCCAAGCAGCCAAUGGCCCAGCACCAUGAAAUGACAACCUUAGCGAGGGAGUCUGCGCUGCCUGAGCCUCCACACUCGAUGUCGGUGCCUCCCCCUGUGGUUUCCACACCUCCUUCAGCUAAGGCAGCAACCCCUCCUAGGGUCUCCGUAGCUGCACACAAGCCUAAGAUCACAAUACGCAAUGCCAAGCGUCGGCUGGAGUGGUGUAAAGCUCGCCGCCAUUGGACUCUGGAGCAGUGGAAACGUGUUCUCUGGAGUGAUGAAUCACGCUUCACCAUCUGGCAGUCCGACGGACGAAUAUGGGUUUGGCGGAUGCCAGGAGAACGCUACCUGCCUGAGUGCAUAGUGCCAACUGUAAAGUUUGGUGGAGGAGGAAUAAUGGUCUGGGGCUGUUUUUCAUGGUUCGGGCUAGGCCCCUUACUUCCAGUGAAGGGAAAUCUCAAUGAUACAGCAUACAAUGACAUUCUAGACGAUUCUGUGCUUCCGACUUUGUGGCAACAGUUUGGGGAAGGCCCUUUCCUGUUUCAGCAUGACAAUGCCCCCGUGCACAAAGUGAGGUCCAUACAGAAAUGGUUUGUCGAGCUCGGUGUAGAAGAACUUGACUGGCCUGCACAGAGCCCUGACCUCAACCCAAUCGAACACCUUUGGGAUGAAUUGGAACGCCGACUGAGAGCCAGGCCUAAUCGCCCAGCAUCAGUGCCUGACCUCACUAAUGCUCUUGUGGCUGAAUGGAAACAAGUCCCCACAGCAAUGUUCCAGCAUCUAGUAGAAAGCCUUCCCAGAAGAGUAGAGGCUGUUAUAGCUGCAAAGGGGGGACCAACUCCAUAUUAAUGCCCAUGAUUUUGUAAUGAGAUGUUCGACGAGCAGGUUAUGUACGGAUCCUCAGUCUCCACUUCCAUUUGCAGUGUUGCACUCUCGGCGAGGAAGCGUUCAUGAUUUGAUCUGAUGUACUGUAUAGUAAUCAUUCUCAGCCUAGGAAAGGAAUACAAGCAGUUGUCAAAUGUAAUGAAAUUAAACUGAGUAAUCUGAAGCUCGGUUUGGCAAACAUCUGGUUGUUUUUGUUUUUUACCUUCAAGAAUCUAUCCAUCUGUUUAGAGUUGUGGCAGAGUACAUUAUAAUACUCCUGGGUCUUGUGUGGUGAUGGGGGAUAUGACAUGGUAAACCUGUGUAUUGACCAAAUUAAACUUGCACUGUCAAGAAAAUAUGAGGUAAAUGUGUAGUUAUUGGUGUGUAUGUCAAACGUGUAAAGUUAUCACAGGCUUAAGCACUUCAAAUGAUGUUGAGUUACACUGGAAAAUAUAUAUUUUUGUCUACAUCGUUCUAAGAAACUAAGACUCGUGUUUCCCAUGGUGCAAGUGUUUGAAGACGGGCUAUGCAUGUUUCAUGUCAAAUAAGUUUUUGAAAAGACACUGCUUUCAGUGUUGUGACUUCUCAUACAUUUUAAAUGGAAAUGGGAGGACAUGGCUACUGUACUUCAUUAAUCACUGUUUACCAAAAUAAAUUACCACGAAUACUGCAUCAAGUGGUGUUUCUCAACCUUCAGACAUCUGGUCAGCUGCUCACUGAUGUUGGUAAAUAAAUAUCCUAGUGGCCUCCCGAGUGGCGCAGCAGUCUAAGGCACUGCGUCACUACAGACCCAGAUUCGAUCCAUCCGUGACCGGGAGACCCAUGAGGCGGCGCACCAUUGGCCCAACAUUGUGUUAGGUGAGGGUUUGGUCGGCCGGAAUAUCCUUGUCCCAUCACGCUCUAGCGACUCCUUGUGAUGGGCAGGGCACCUGCAAGCUGACUUGGUUGCCAGUUUCCUCCGACAUAUUGAUGCGGCUGGCUUCCGGGCUAAGCGAGCAGUGUGUCAAGAAACAGUGCGUCUUGGCAGGGUCGUAUUUCGGAGGACGCAUGUCUCUCGACCUUCACCUCUGAGUCCAUACGGGAGUUGCAGCAAUGGGAAAAGACUGGAACUACCCAUUUAGAUAUAAAAUUGGGGGUUAAAAGUACAAAAUAAUAAUUCUGCUCCAUGUUUACUUUAAUUUAAUAUCACCCACCCUUCCCUAUAAAGCUAUUAGCGCUGCGUCCCAGCUCCAGAGGGAGCCAUAAAUACACUAGCGCUUGCGUGUGUGCUAGUGCCUCUUACACUUAUUUCUAGGCUACAUAACCUGGUGUAAUCUGUGUUUUUGUGGAUAUAUUGUAUCAUUGGUUAUCAAAAUAAUCUGUUAUUUCAGUAUGAAAGUUGGACAUUUUCUUUUUUAUGAAAUAAUAGAGAUUGACAUCACUGACCACCUGCUACAAGAGGAAAGGCUGAAAGAUGGCCACCGAGAAUGAUGUUUGUACAAAAACCAUUCAAUGUCAAUAGAGUUUGUACAAAUUGAUUACAAUAAAAUGAGAACAGGUCCAUAUAAUAAACCGCCUACUGCGUGCAGUUCCAGUGUGAAGGGGGAAAUGUGGUUUCUGUUACUAUAAUGUAAUAUUGUAGUACAUGGCACUACAUACAAUUUCAUUUGUCUGGGUAUUUUUUAUUGUUUAUUAAUUAAAUGACACCCUCUCAACUCAGCAUCACUUCCUGUAGCUGCAUUCUGACCAGACACCAUUUGCGCUUUAAUGAUUCCAGGGGACAUCCCAUUGGGUCCUUGAGCCAUCCUUUGUCUGCGGUAUUGAAUUAGAAUAAUUAAGCAGUUGUGCUGUGGAAAAUUAUUACGAAUUGCGAGAAAAUAAGGGUUAUCAUGUUGAAAGGGUUCGACAAUAAAGAUGAUAACAUGGGGCCCCAUUCAAUGAAAGGGCUUAAUGAGGAAGCUGUUCAAACAUCCUGUUCUUGGGAACAAAUAUUAUGUUUCUCUUUAGAAAGCAACACAGUGUUUUAUAUUAUUAUUAUGCUUUUCCUGAAUGUGCCCAUUUUAUCAUGAAAUGAAACUGGCAAUCUGAAGACUACAGAAUAUGUUUAGUCUUAUGUAACUUACUUUCUCCUAAAGGGCAGUUUUUUUGCUGCUGGAUUGGGAUAGUCCUUAUAAAAGGUCAAUGAUGUUUUGCACAAUGAUAAAGUGUGUAGAAUGACUGUUGAGUUCAAAAGUAGACCAGCUAACAAUAUGUUAAGUGAAAUGAAUAAAUAGAAACACCUGCAAACGGUUAUCUUCCCAUGAAUUGUAUUGCACUCAAAUUUAUAUAAUCGUCGAAGGCAGGUACAGUGGGGCAAAAAAAAGUAUUUAGUCAGCCACCAAUUGUGCAAGUUCUCCCACUUAAAAAGAUGAGAGAGGCCUGUAAUUUUCAUCAUAGGUACACUUCAACUAUGACAGACAAAAUUAGAAGAAAAAAAUCCAGAAAAUCACAUUGUAGGAUUUUUAAUGAAUGUAUUGGCAAAUUGUGGUGGAAAAUAAGUAUUUGGUCACCUACAAACAAGCAAGAUUUUUAAGUGGGAGAACUUGCACAAUUGGUGGCUGACUAAAUACUUUUUUGCCCCACUGUAGGUCUAUUCCUUUCAUAGAAUCUGUGUUUUUAAUAUGAGAAUUUGCCAAAUGUAUUGUAGGAGAGAGUAUACCACAAUAUUACAACAUCAAAACAUAAAUGUAAUUAAGUAAACAUUUUACCUUGAAAUGUUAGACUUUAUAACAAUGAAACGGGGAAUGAAUAGGUUAACAUUUGUGGCGGUGUAAGAGUUUUUUCAAAGUAGCAGAGCUGCUGAAUUUGCACGCCCUCGACACAAGAACCAUGUGAUGUGAGAGACCAUUUCCCUAAUGGUACAAACUAAUAUCAUGAUGUAUCUAUAAUUGAAACAUUCUUCAAGUUUACAUUUUAUUUGUCCCAGAGGGCAAUUGGUUUUGCGGCAGGUGAGCUGCACAUGAGAUGUUAAAAAACAUAAUCCAGAUUAAGCUGAAUGAGGGUUAGUCUGAUUAAUCAGGCUGUAAUAUAAAAUUAAUUGGUAUAUAGCUUUGAAACUAAUGCCUGCAAAAUCGUGUAAAUGUUUCUUACAAGCCAGAAUGUUCAAUAAAAUUAUAUUUAAACUUA